AUGUUUCAAACAUCUAUCAUCUUAUCAUGCAUUCUAAUCAGUAUAUUUCUAAAAAAUAUUUGUUUAGCAAGUUUAUUAUUAAUUGAUCCUAAAAAUCCAUGUCGCGCUUAUGGAAAUGCAUCUGUCUACGAUAUAACAGAUCUUGUCGAUACAUGGCCAGUUGCUCUUAAUGGACCUGGCUUCGGUGGUAAAUACAUCUAUUGGUGGAGCUGUGCGGGUAACACGGGAAAAUGUGAUGAUACAGACGUUGCUGUAUGUCAACAACGAGCCGAUGCACCUGAGCUGCAAUUUAAUGCAGGUAAUGUUUCUCCGCAAUUAUGGUAUGGUUUAUUUAAUGGUCCUGCGAGUAAAAGUAAUCUCACAUGGGAUAUCGUUUAUCCAAAUCAUCAAGCAAACCCAUCAUUUAUUGAUGGUACUGGUAUUCGAGUGACAGCUGUUCAUUUUAUUGUUGAUUCAGCUAUUGAAAAGCCUAUAUUAACGGUGGAUGGCGAAGAAAAAUAUACAGAAUAUUCAAUUACAGUUCGUGGUAAAUGCAUUGGACAGCCUGCAAUCAAUCAAACAACUUUUGUACAAGGCUAUUGUGAUCCAAAAACGGGACAAGUUGUACCUGGUCCAUAUAUAAAUAAAAUAAUAAAACUUUUCCCAAAAAUAUAA